AUGAACCAUUCGACUUUAUCUCAGGAUAUUACCAGCUCUCAACAUCCUCAACAUGUUCCUCAAGAGGAAGAAGGCGUGUUAAACUAUUUCUUAGAAAUCAGAACUCUCCUAAGUCAGUUGAAACAGAAUAGGACGAAAUAUCUUGACUCAAAAAAGGUCCAAGCAACUUAUGAACAAGUUCUAACGAGAGUCAGAGAACUAGAUGAUGUUAGAAAGAGUAAUCAUGAAACGCCUUCAAGUAGUGCAACGACUUUAAUUCACAAUGCUGAAUUACACAAUAGAGUUGAUUCUGUAUUGGAUGAUGUCUUCCAGUUACUUUCAUUGUGCUUCCUAACGGUUGGAUUGAAAAACUCUGCCCCUGCAGCUUAUUCAUCUUUAUCUACCGUCCAAAGAUUAUUGGAACAUUUAAACGAAUCUAAUGUUUUCACUAUGCAUGAUUUAAGACCAAUUAAGGAAAGGUUAAUUGAAAUCAAGAAGAUUGUUGAGAAAAGUUGUGAAAAGAACAAAGAAGCUGCAAAGGAAGAAGAAGAAUAUCUUAAGAAUGCACCAGAUUUGGAUGAAGCAGACAGAAACCUUUCGGAGGAAACUAGACGGAAUAAGAUUGAAGAAGAUUUAUUAUUAAGGGCAAAACUACAACACUGUUUAGACGAAUAUUAUAGCACGGAGGCAAAGGUGGAAACAGUUGAUCCAAGCCUUUCUAAUAUUAUGGAUAAAUUGUUUCAAAUUCGUAGGGAACUUUUAUCAUUAGCAGCAUCUGCUAAAAAGACAACAUCAUCAGCAUCUGCCGAAAAGGAAUUAGAAAACAAACAUGUUCUAGCGCCUGAAAGUGUUAACACAAGAGUAGAGCUUUUACAAAAGGAAUUAAACGAAAUAGAAUCAUACAGAGAUGAAACUGGGAAAUUUAAAUCACCAGAAUCUGAACAAUCUGCUGAAAAGGGUCAAAAUGUUUUAAAUGGUCUUUUAAGCGAUUGUUACGAUCUGCUUGGGGAUUUGUCACAUCAGAAGAAUGGUGGUAUCGAAUUAGAUCCUCGCUUACAACCAAUUUACGCUAAAUUAAUCGACAUCAAAACAACUUUGGAAAAUCUAUUAAUCACAAGGCGGUGGACACUUAGAGAAACUGAUCUUUUCACUUAUCAAAAGGAAUUGGGUGAAAUUGAUAGUCUACGUGUCAAUUCUAAAUUUCCAACGGAUUCAGGGGAUAAUAAGGGUCAGACAAUUCUUCUAUACCUUUUGCGCAGAUGUUAUGCUAUAAUUUACAAAUUGUUGGAGAGUUCUGAACCUGUUUCCGAAUCAUUACAACCUUUACAUAACCAAUUGUCCACAGUACGUCGUUGUCUUCUAUCAUUACAGAGAAUGGGAGGUAUUAACAAUAGUAGAGAAUUGUACCCAUAUCAAAUGAAGUUAGCAUCCUUAGAUGGUUUACGUGUUGAUGGUAAAUUUUAUGAUCUUGAUGGAAAUAUUCCUGAAGGUCAAGCAACUUUAAAUGCAUUAUUAGCUGAAUGUUUUGAUAUUAUACAUGAAAUGAAGAUAGAAGCAGAAGAAAAAACAGAAUCAGAAACUCAAUCAGAAGCGGAGGGCGAUGGUGAUGAUCUCCGUCAAACUUAUAGUGAAGCAGAAAGAGAAAACCCACGACUAGCGAGAUUUCUCGAUAAUUCAUACUCUACUGUGGAAGAUGAUGAAGAUGAUGACCGUUCUUCUCCAUCGAGCUCAAGUGAUCAAAGUGUUCUCGAUGACAGUGAAGUUGGUUCUUCUAUAGUAAGGAAUUGA